UUUUCCCAAUUAUGGCCUCUCUGACCCAAUAUUCUGUAGGAGCUUGCCUCACACCAAACAAGAGCUUCAACCUCAACACAUUGUUUUCUGUUUUUCCACAAGCACUCAAUGCAACAAGUCAUAUCAGAAACCAGAAGACCCAAUUGUCAUUAAGUGGGAAAAAGCUGCAGCAAAAAUUAAUUUCAAAUAUUGUUGGGAAAAAUUGCAAAUAUGAGAAAUGGAGAGUUUUUGGCAGUGAUGAUGGAUCUUGUGGGAUUGCACCUCUGCCACUCCCACCUUCUGUGUUGGAGGCAGUUCAAGAUUUCUACAAGGCCAUCAAUGCCAAGGACAUACAAGCUCUAGAGCAACUUCUGGCUGAUGACUGCCAUUAUCAAGACCUUGUCUUUUAUGUUCCUUUUGUAGGAAAAGAGGCGAUCGUGCAUUUUCUUACCAAGGUGAUGGAUGCAAUGGGAUCCAAUAUUCAUUUUGUCAUUGAUGCUGCGACUGAAGGUGGAAACUUGACUGCCAGUGUAAUUUGGCAUCUUGAGUGGAAAGACAAAGAGAUACCCUUUGCCACUGGUUGCACAUUCUUUGAAUAUGAACAAGUUGAAGGAGAGCUCUUUCUUAGGAAAGCAACUGGCAUGGAAGAACUUCCAUUCAAACCAGGUGAUUUGGUACUGAAACUUUUAAAGUCAGCAAGUACCUUCUUUGAUCUCUAUCCAAUGGCGGCUGAAGCGUUGUUGCUGAAGUCUCAUGGAAGUGGCCCGCAUGAAGGAUUAGAUACACUUUUAGACAAGCUUCGGGGUAGACACUGAACAUGAAUUUCUCAACUUCUGCGGUUCUACCAAGCCACAUUUUAUUUACAUGCCUUCUCUGAUAUAAUGGUGGAGAUUUGAGUCUCAUUUAUUUACAACCAAUAACCAAUUAUUUCACACAUAAAUUGGUAUUCAAAUACAAUCUGAAUUCUCUAUUUGGAUUUAUCUAUUAGAAUUUACUUGAUUUUAGGAUUUGCUUGACUUUUGUGGCUAAGAACACAAGUUCAAAAUCUGAUGGUAGUGAGUGAGUGAACUCCUGGCCAAGCUAGCUUCUUCCAGAGCCGGCCAUGACUUUUGGGUGGCCCAGGGCAUAAAAUAAAUUGAGGCCCUUCUCCUUUAUAUACA